CUUAAAGCGAGAAGGCUGCUAAAGUUUUCUUGUUUUUGAGCUCAGGGUUUCGUCGCUACAGCGACCCAAAAAGUCUUCCCAGCUGUCAGCUGGACUGAAAACCCAAAGACAGCCUGAAGGGAGAGAAUCAUGCUUCGCUGCAGGAGGUGUCGGAAAGGCAUCAUAGACUCAACAUGUUUGUCGAUGCAGGUUGAGGACACAGAUGAGAGCUCAGCUGCUGUUUGCAGCAUUUGGCACGUCAACGUGGACACACUGCCAGAGUGGAUACUGACCUCAGUUCACCAGGCCCAGUGGACUGUCGGAAAACUCAACUGCCAGUAUUGCGGAGCUCGUUUGGGCGGCUUCAACUUCAGUAACCGCAGCGAGUGUCCCUGUGGCCGAGACGCCACCGUCCACCUCAGCAAAAGCCGCGUGGAUCGUGACCAGAAACACUACGUUCUCAUCGUCCAGCCGAGGAGGACGAGGCCUGGGAAGGGUCCGGCUGUGCUGCUGACAGGCGGCUCUCAGGACAGACAGCACAGGGCUGAAUAUAACCGGACACCGCUGGACAGCUUACAGCUCAACUGUGCAGCUGUCAUGUCCCACAUCAGCCCUGCUGAGGCGUCUAAUUCACUGACUGACGGUGAAAACACCUCCUUUUCUUUCAGUCCUCUGUACUGCAUCUCUCACAGGAGACGCUGCAGUUUGGAGGACGAUGCCACCAUCAGGUCGUCAUGUUUUUGUCCUUCAGGACCUUCGGUCAGUUCUUCUGUUGAGAGGAAACACGAGUCUUCACGCACACCUGUCUCAUAUCCCACCAGUCAGCAGACUGACUCUGACGGUGAGGCCUCAGUUAAUGCAGCCGCCCGUCAUUCAUUUGUCUCUGGAAGGACACGGUCACCUCUGGAUCGACAGCUGCUGCAGACUGUGGAGGACGUCGAGUCUUCUCCAGAGACAACAGCUGUCAACGAGGACGCGUCUGAUUCAGCGCUGUUCCUCAGAGGGAGGUCCAUCUCUGACAGUGUGGCCGAACCAGACGGGGAAGCGCUGCCCCAGGCAUCGAUGGCCUCCCCGGCCUCAAACAGACUGAGCAAAAGAGAGAAGAACCGUCUGAAGAGUAUCAGGAGGAAACAGAGGAGGAGAGAGCGAUGGCUGCACAGCCAGCUGGAGCAGGCUGAGAGUGUGAGCGGGUCCCUGUUGGACAGUGAGGAGGAGGACAGAGAAGGCCUCACCUGCGCCGUGUGUCUCGACGUCUACUUCAGCCCGUACAGCUGUCAGCCCUGCGGCCACAUCUUCUGCGAGCCGUGUCUCCGCACAAUCGCCAAGAACCGACCGACAAACACGCCCUGCCCUCUCUGCCGCACCCUCAUCUCACACACUGACUUCCACAGAGAGCUCAACCAAACAGCAAAGACCUUCUUCCCCAAAGUGUACUACGCCCGCAAGCAGAACUUCCAGAACGCUUCGUGUGCAAAAUGGCCUCUGCCCAGCUGUCGCAAGCGCUUCCGUACCUUCUGGGGAGAGCAGAGACAGGCGGCGGCAGGAAGACGCUGGCACUUUGGCCACGUAGGUUUCACGCUGGACGCUUUGGACUUCACCGACAUGCGCGGCUGGCUCUUCGACAUCGGCCUGGUCAUCGUCUACAUCCACUCAGUCAACUGGAUCCUGGCGUUCCUGUUCUUCUGUUUCCUCAUGUACUACUUCUUCUUUUGAGACGCAGAGGAGCGCUCGACAGUUUGUAAAACAGGUUCAUCUUUAUUUUCUUUGAAGAGAGUGGAUAAUGUGCGAUUUUCAGGUUUCUGAGAAAUUCACACGUGAAACCUGUUUACCAGUGGUAAAAAUAACAGGUUUGCAGGUUUGAAAUUUGCACAAAUUGUUUGAAAAGUUUAGUCCGUUAACUGGCAACAAAGUUGCUUUAAAAAGCUAACUUUAAAAAGUAACUUUAAAAAGCUUACGACUACGUAGAACAGAUCUCCUUUUUUCCAGUGUUAAGUACCAAUGUUGUAAGUGCAAUAAUACAUCUAAGGUGUCCUGAUACAAUGAAUAAGACUGAAAAAUGACGCUACUUGAAGCAGUCUGUUAAUCCCGUUAACUUUGGACAUUAGGAAAACCUCGCAAAUUUGUGCAGGUUGGGUUCAUUUGGUAAAAUUGUAGUGACGAUCAGACAGAAGAAGAACAUGAUUGGUCAAUCAUGCAUGAUGUAAUCUGACGCUUUUGUUCAAUAAGGAAUAGCUUAACAUUUUGGGGAAAUAUGCUGGUUCCUUUUCUUUAAUAGAGGUAGAAGAUUGAUACUACUCUCAUGCCACAAACGUUUUCAGCCACCGAAGAUCCCCACGAAAUCUGACAGUGACAGUAGCAUGCAAACUGGAGAUACGGAGAUACGGGUAGUUCAAAUGUAUUUGCUGCACACUGAGAGGCAUACGCAUGUAAAUAAGACACGAUGCAGCUCUGUCUGAAACCUGGAUUGACAUCAGUUUUCACAACCUUAAAACCUUUAACACAUGAGUGGAUCGGUUUGAUUUCUUCUGAAAUUAUGAACAAAAAGCAACAAGCAAGAAAUUGGUCAAACGUGAAAAGAAAAUGGCAAAGAAAUGAAGAGUAGUUUUUAAUAGAGGAAAUUAUUAGAAAAUUA